UUACUUGUCGUAAAAUUCGUUGUUUGGUCUAUUGGUUGCUUGCGAUGUCAACGAACCGGUGGGUUCUUGUUUUUCUGUAAUUUAGGUUAUACGUGCGGUAUUUUCUUGAUGGUUAUCGAUCAUCCCUGUAUUUCAAUGUUGUUUUUUUACGAUUUAUCUUGGAAUAGUUGUGACAUAGAUGGAUCCUAAUUGCUAAUUGUAUUUUAGUCCGUUGCAGGUAGUCAAUUCGAGUGACAGGAGCACAGAUUUAAGUGGAAUUUUUGCUGAAUACAUACUUGGAAGGCGUUUCUUGAGCUGGGAUGAAUUUGAGAAGUCAUUAGCAGAAUUUCAAAAAGUGAGGAAGUCAUUUAAUGCUAACAGUGUAGUUAUCCUACACUCACUAUGUUCAUAAUUGCAGCAAAACGAUACGGGAUGACAGGUUUAAGUACGCUUAUGUUGGUUUUAAAUGCACUUUUGGAGUGAAUCGUACAAGACCUGGAUUGAAAUUGAAAAACAAGUCGUCUAAAUGUUGCAAUUGCUCGUCUUCAUUUCGCGUGGUUUUGCAUUAUAGUGAAUACCUAAUUGCUUCCCACAAUAUGGUGCAUAACCAUCCAUGCAGCAGGGUGUACAUGCAGAAUGACCCAUGGUAUAGACGACUAACAGUUGAAGAGAAAGAAAAUAUUGAACCACUUCUUCAGCAAUUCCACUCAUCCGAUGAAAUAAUAAUGCAUGUUAAGGAGAAGUACCACAAGGAUAUAACUCGCAUUGACGUUAAAAAUAUGAAAGCCGCAGUGAAUAAAGGUAUUUCGAGUCGUCGUGACAUUUUUGAAUUCCUAAAAUCCCGUGGGAAGUUAAUGGAGUAUUAUUCCGAUGAACCGAUCAGGAAUUCACUAACAAGAAUUUGUUUUGCAACUUAUGAGCAAAUGGAAUUGUAUAAACAGUUCCCUGAAGUUGUUGGUAUCGACUCGACGUAUAAUACAAAUAAGGGGAAGUAUUCUUUGUUCCAAUUACUUGUGACGGAUAAUUUUGGUCGUGGACGACCAGUUUUAUUUGCGUGGACUAGAAAAGAAUUCAAACGAGAUGUAGUUUGGAUAUUAGACUGUUUCCGGCAAAUAAUGGAAGACACCUCCAAAACAGAAUCCUUCAUUAUGGAUUGUGCGCAAGCUGAAAUAGCAGCCGUCAAGUUAACGCACAGACAAGCGCACAUUGUUUUGUGUUCUUUCCAUGUUUGCCGAGCUUUCUGUCGGAAAACAAGAAAUCCCAUUGUGAAGAAUUAUUUAUGCCGUCUAGUGCAGUGUAAAAGGAGAUCAGAAGUUAUUAGCAGAUUGGAUGCUA